CGCACCAGCCUCCUCCCAGCAAGGCCGGCUCGGGGGCCGCCGGCGGGAGUGACCCAGGCACGCACGCCGCCACCGGGUGGCGUUUCUUUGAGAAAUAGUUGAACGUCGGUGGAUUAUGACCGUGAACAAUCCUACAGAGAGGCUCUUCAGAUACAGACUUGGGUUACACAGACGUUCAUAAUGGAUCAUUUCUUAACCAAAGGAAAACGCACCAGAGACUUAAAAAGAAUCUGCUUCUUUUUACUUUUACUCUGUCUGAUUACUUCUGUUUGCCCCGAUCAAGACUACUACAGUUUACUUGGAAUAUCUAGAGAAGCGACAAGUCGAGAGAUAAGACAGGCUUUCAAGAAGUUGGCGUUAAAGUUGCAUCCAGAUAAGAAUCAGAACGACCCAGCAGCACAUGAAAACUUCUUGAAAAUAAACCGAGCUUACGAAGUGUUAAAAGAUGAAGAUCUGCGGAAGAAGUAUGAUAAGUAUGGCGAGAAAGGUCUAGAAGAUCACCAGCAAGGAGGUGGAUACGAAAGUUGGCACUAUUAUCGCUACGAUUUCGGGAUUUAUGAUGAUGAUCCUGAAAUCAUAACACUGGACAGAGGAGAGUUUGAUGCUGCUGUAAAUUCUGGAGAACUGUGGUUUAUAAAUUUCUAUUCCCCUCGAUGUUCACAUUGCCACGACUUAGCACCGACAUGGAGAGAAUUUGCUAAAGAAAUGGAUGGAUUAAUACGCAUUGGAGCUGUAAACUGUGGUGAUAACAGGAUGCUUUGCCGACACAAAGGGAUCAAUAGCUAUCCAAGCCUAUAUGUUUUUAAAACCGGAAUGAAUCCAGCAAAAUACCACGGGGACAGGUCAAAGGAGAGUUUAGUGAAUUUUGCCAUGCAGUUUGUUACGAGCACAGUGACAGAAUUAUGGGCAGGAAAUUUUGUUACUGCUGUAGAAACUGCGUUUGCUUCUGGCAUUGGCUGGUUAAUCACUUUUUGCAGUGAUCGUGGAGAUUGCUUAACUUCUCGAACACGCCUUAAAUUGGCCGGCAUGUUGGAAGGCCUUGUUAAUGUAGGCUGGAUGGACUGUGCCACCCAGGGUGAGCUUUGUGAUAAUUUGGAUAUCUCAUCUAGCACUGCAGCGUACUUUCCACCUGGAGCCACCUUAACUAAUAAAGAGAGAGGAAGUGUUUUGUUCCUGAAUUCUUUGGACGCACGGGAGAUAUAUCACGAAGUCAUGCAGCACCUUCCAGGCUUCGAAAUGAUCCCUGCAGCUACAUUAAAGGACCAUGUUGCCCACCACCGAUGGCUGAUAUUUUUCCUCUUCGGCGAGAGCGGCAAGUCUAAUGACCACGACUUUAAAAAGCUAAGUUUUCUACUUAAAGCAGAACACAUUCAGGUUGGCAGUUUCGACUGCCUGACGGCACCCAACGUUUGCAACGAUUUGUAUGUUUAUCAGCCGUGCGUUGCAGUCUUUAAAGGAAGAGGAAUAAACGACUAUGAAAUUCAUCAUGGGAAGAAGAUUUUGUAUGAUAUUUUGGCUUUUGCCAAGGAGAGUGUGAACUCUCACGUCAUCACUCUUGGGCCCGAGAAUUUUCCUGGCAAGCAGAAGGAGCCGUGGCUGAUUGACUUCUUCGCACCUUGGUGUCCUCCUUGUCGAGCUUUACUCCCUGAAUUGAGGAAAGCAUCAAAGCAACUGUAUGGUCAGCUGAAAUUCGGGACGCUGGACUGUACCGUUCACGAAGGGAUUUGCAACAUGCACAACAUCAGAGCUUACCCUACAACUGUGGUGUUCAACCAGUCUGACACCCAUGAAUACGAAGGGCAUCACUCCGCUGAGCAGAUUUUGGAGUUUAUUGAGGAUCUCAUGAACCCGUCAGUAGUUUCUCUAACACCGGAGACCUUCAGCGAGCUAGUGGAGAAAAGGAAGAGUAACGACAUCUGGAUGGUCGAUUUCUACGCUCCGUGGUGUGGUCCCUGCCAAGCUUUAAUGCCAGAAUGGAAGAGGAUGGCCAGGUUGCUGAAUGGACUGGUCUCCGUCGGCAGCGUGGACUGUCAGAAAUACUUCUCUCUGUGUCACCAAGAAAGCGUCCAAGGCUAUCCUGAAAUAAGACUCUUCCCACAAAAGUCAUCUUCAUCUCAUCAGCACUACAGCUACAAUGGGUGGCACAGAGAUGCUUACUCUCUGAAAAGAUGGGCACUUGGAUUUUUGCCUCGGGCAUCUCUGGAUCUGACACCUCAGAGUUUCACUGACAAAGUCCUGAAUGGAAAAGAUCACUGGGUCGUUGAUUUUUAUGCUCCUUGGUGUGGCCCUUGCCAGAAUUUUGCUCCAGAAUUUGAGAUUUUGGCUAGGACGGUCAAAGGGAAAGUGAAAGCAGGGAAAGUCGACUGCCAAGCGUAUAGCCAGACUUGUCAAUCUGCCGGCAUACAAGCAUAUCCAACAGUUAAGUUUUAUCCGUAUCAAGGAGCAAAGAAACAUCCUUUUGGAGAACACAUAGACAGCCAAGAUGUGAAAGUCAUAGCCGAUCUACUGCUGAACAAAGUUGAAGAUAUUAAAAACAAGAGGAAAAAGGCCUCCAGAAACAAGGAUGAACUCUGAGUGAUGGAGCAAAUUCGAAGCCUACCAAAGUUGUGGCAACAAGACUUUACUAGAUCAUGUUCCUGGCAGAAAAAGAAGAGGGAUCCAUUCCUGGAUGCUCAGUUUCUCUCGACGAAUGCUACCAGACUUGUUCUCAGACAUCCAAAGUGUUCAUUCCUAAUGGAGGGGACAGGUUGGCUCCAUGCAAACACUUCAUCUGGAAUGACCGUGACUACUUCAUGCUGUGCGUAUGGAGGACCUAGACAAUGAUGUAGCCACUCCCUUUCACUCCACCAUUUUUCACAUUGCUUUCUUUUUAAAAAAAAUAUAUAUCUGAUUUGUGAUUUUUGUUUUGCGUUUAACACACACUUGCCGCAAUAGUCAAAGAACUGUGGAGGCAUUCCAGAUCUACUGUUCCUAUACAUUCUUUUCAGUACCCUCCCCCCCGACAUCCUAUUCUCCCUGUUGGUGCCCACGUGUUCCUAAAUGGAUUAUUUCUCUGGGCAGAGAAGAUGUCCUUAAUUCUUCCUUUUCCCUCUCUUUACAUCAAAUGUGACUUAAAAAUAAAUGAUGCUCAUAAUCGCACAGAUACAGUGUUGCCGUUGUGAAAAAGAAGACUUUAAUUCUCUUGGUUGAUGAGUGUGCUUUGUUUGUUUAUUUUUUCCCCACGACGGAUGCCGUAAUUGCUCCGUUACGCUCAUUUAAAAAAAUGAACGUGCAACCACAAUUCAAGCAAGGGUACAAAAGGAGUCAUAAAAGAAAGACUGCCCUGCCCAGAUCAGUCAUCCAUUCAGGAAUACUAUCUAAUUCUGAGCACCAAAAGUGGCUGAGGAGGAGAGUUGUGGGCAAAAGCCAGGAUCUGCUGCAUGGAUCAACGUAAAUAUUAGGAUCUUGCCCUUGGGGGUGGGCAUUGCCAGAUUUCUGAGGGUGAACAUAACAGUAUACUAAGUGGGAAGUAGGAGUCCUCAGUUCAAUCAUGCUUUUGCAGCUCAGUGCAGAAACGGAAUCCUUCAGUACUGAAUGUGGACCCUGCCCAGAGACUUUGGCAGCCAUUUUGAUGAUACACCAUCUGCAUUACCAUGGAUCCUUUUUUGCUUGAAGACUCAGCCCAUUGCGAGGACACUGUAGGACGUCAGCCUCCUUGCUCUGUUUCUCUGCAAAACCGUCUCUUCUGUGCUACAAAGGGACACUGUUUUCACCUUGGAAAGGCCUAGUGGAUGGACUUAACAGGGCAGUUUGGAAAAGCGAAACUGCAUUUUUCUUAGGGGAGGGGGGGAGAAUGGUCUGAUCAACAUUUUUUACCUCAAUACUGGUUAUUUUUAGUGAGUGUUGUUUUCUUUGUGUGGGAUUCACUGAGUAAAGUGUUAGUUAGAAGGAGCCCAAUUGCCUUACCCAUUUGGGUCACCUGCCCUCUAGAAAGCAGCUUCUGUUGUUUUUGAAGAUCCCUCUAGAAGAGAAGAAGAAGAGAUUGGGUUCACUACCCAAAGGCGUCUCAGAGCAGUUUACAAUCCC